AUGGAGAACCAGAAGAAAAAUGCCACUGAGGUGACUGUCAAGAUCGACAACAUGUAUUCUGAGCUGAAUGGGAGAAUCGAAUCGUUAAAGUCUCACAUGAGAGUGUUGGAAAACCAAGUGGCACAAUCCGCAGCUAGAGUCAAGGCACCUCCAGGGACACUUCCAGGAAAAAACGAGGCUAAUCCAAAAAAAUACGAUCAGGAAGGCAACCAUGACGAACCUCUCAACAAUAUUCCUGAUAAUGUUGCUAAACGUAGAACAACAGUUCCUGAAGAAAAGCAACCCAGUGGAUCGCAGCAACCCUACGCACCCAGACUACCUUUCCCUACUCGCCGCAAAUCAAAGAUUCAGGAGCGAGAAUAUGAGAAGCUGAAGUCAGUAGUAGGGGAGCUUCAGGUUAGACUCCCUUUCAUCGAAGCAGUAAGGAUGGUUCCAUCUCUUAAGAAGUAUAUGAAGGAAAUUCUAACCGACAAGCUCAGUUUGGAGAAAGGAGUGAUGAGCAAUAACGUCGAGAAUCCUCAGGAUCAGGUCUACCCACCGCGACCUCAGCAGAACAACUUUGCACAGGGCUUCCAGAACAAGGGUACAGGUUUUGGAGGAUCGAAUUUCCAACAAAAACCUCAGGUCAACAACUUCGCGCAAGGGUAUCAACCGGUUGCACCGCAGGCAGCAGUCCCACAGGAGAGCAAACUGGAACAGAUGAUGCAUGCUCUGAUGGAGAACCAGAAGAAAAAUGCCACUGAGGUGACUGUCAAGAUCGACAACAUGUAUUCUGAGCUGAAUGGGAGAAUCGAAUCGUUAAACUCUCACAUGAGAGUGUUGGAAAACCAAGUGGCACAAUCCGCAGCUAGAGUCAAGGCACCUCCAGGGACACUUCCAGGAAAAAACGAGGCUAAUCCAAAAAAAUACGAUCAGGAAGGCAACCAUGACGAACCUCUCAACAAUAUUCCUGAUAAUGUUGCUAAACGUAGAACAACAGUUCCUGAAGAAAAGCAACCCAGUGGAUCGCAGCAACCCUACGCACCCAGACUACCUUUCCCUACUCGCCGCAAAUCAAAGAUUCAGGAGCGAGAAUAUGAGAAGCUGAAGUCAGUAGUAGGGGAGCUUCAGGUUAGACUCCCUUUCAUCGAAGCAGUAAGGAUGGUUCCAUCUCUUAAGAAGUAUAUGAAGGAAAUUCUAACCGACAAGCUCAGUUUGGAGAAAGGAGUGAUGUACCUUACACAAGAGUGCAGUUCUAUGCUCCAAAAUCGAAUGCCUGAAAAAUGUGGGGAUCCGGGACCGUUUACCCUGCCUUGCACGAUAGGAGAUCUCAAGUUCAGCAAAUGCCUUUGCGACCUGGGAGCGAGCGUGAGCCUUAUGCCACUCAGUGUUGCGACACGACUUGGCCUCUACACCUUCAAACCGACCCAAGUCACCCUCGUCCUUGCUGAUCGUUCCACUCGACGCCCGGAAGGAGUGUUGGAGAACCUACCAGUGCAAAUUGGGAACUGCUACAUUCCUACUGAUUUCAUAGUUCUGAAGCUUGACGAGGAAUCCCAAGAACCGAUCCUACUUGGAAGACCUUUCUUGGCCACGGCUGGUGCGAUGAUAAACGUCAAGGAGGGGAAGAUCGAUUUACACAUGGAUGAUCUGAUUUUGAGAUUUAAUUUGGAGAAAGCAGCUAAGAAACUUACGAUUGAUGGUCAAACCUUCUGGGUUGAUACAAUAGGCGAAAUAGCAGGUGAGAUCUAUGAUGAAGUGUGUACAAGUGAUCAUCUGGCUGUAGCACUCACCAAGACGGAACCAGAGCUGGGAUAUCUCUCUGAGGAGACUGAGAGCUUGGCUAGGACACUCGAUGCUGCAGCAGUUCUGAAACAUGAAGUCCUAUUCAUCAAUCUGCAACAUGGACUGACUGAUCCGGAAAAUGGACUGACCGAUCCAACUCCUCCUGUGGAAGCAUCCGAUAAAGGCGACGGAUUGACCAUUCCAGGCGACAGAUCAGCUGAUCCCAAAAUUUGCCCUGGGACAAAAUCAAAUCAGGAGGAUUGGAGCGAACUCAAGGCUCCAAAGUUGGACUUAAAGCCACUCCCAGAAGGGCUAAGGUACGCGUAUCUCAGACCUAACUCCACAUAUCCGGUUAUCAUUAACUCUAACCUGAACAAUGUUGAAACCGCACUCUUGCUCUGCGAGUUAAGAAAAUAUAGGAAGGCUUUGGGUUAUUCCUUAGAUGACAUUUCAGGUAUAUCACCAGAGUUGUGCUCACAUCGGAUUCACCUCGAAGAUCCAUCUAAGUCUUCCAUCGAACACCAAAGGAGGCUAAAUCCGAACCUCAAGGAAGUGGUGAAGAAGGAGAUCCUCAAACUGUUGGGAGCCGGAGUUAUUUUCCCAAUCUCUGACAGCACUUGGGUGAGCCCAGUCCAUGUAGUGCCGAAGAAAGGAGGGGUGACAGUAGUUGCAAAUGAGAAAAACGAGUUGAUCCCCACCAGGACAGUAACAGGGCAUCGCAUGUGGAUAGAAGUCGACAAAGCCAAGUUAGAGGUCAUGUCCAGUCUACAACCUCCGAAAACCGUUAAAGACAUUCGCAGAUUCCUUGGCCAUGCGGGAUUUUAUCGGAGGUUCAUAAAGGAUUUUUCCAAGAUAGCCAGACCACUCACCCAGCUGCUGUGCAAGGACAUCUCUUUUGAGUUUACUGCAGAUUGUUUGGAGGCUUUCCUGACAAUCAAACAAGCACUGAUCUCGGCUCCGAUAGUGCAACCACCCGAUUGGGAUCUGCCAUUCGAAGUUAUGUGCGAUGCAAGUGAUUUUGCAGUGGGAGCGGUUCUGGGACAACGCAAAGAUGGUAAGUUGCAUGUUGUUUACUAUGCUAGCAGGACACUUGAUGGGACACAGACCAAGUACGCCACAACAGAAAAGGAAUUACUCGCCAUAGUCUUUGCCUUUGAAAAAUUCAGAUCCUAUCUGGUUGGAUCCAAAGUUAUUGUACACACAGAUCACGCUGCACUGUGCUACUUGUUAACUAAGAAAGAUGCUAAACCGAGAUUGCUGCGAUGGAUACUACUACUGCAGGAGUUCAAUCUUGAGAUAAGAGACAAGAAGGGGAUUGAGAAUGGGGUCGCGGACCACCUUUCUAGGUUGAGAAUUGAUGAAGAAAUCCCCAUAGAUGACCGACUCCCUGAGGAAAAUGUGUAUGUGGUUGCAGCCUUCCUCGACUGCUACAAGGAGAAAGCUGAUAUUAAAGUACUUCAACAAACAGUUAACGAUUUGCCAUGGUAUGCCGAUAUCGCAAACUAUUUGUGUGCAGUAGAAGAACCUCCGAACUUCACUGGAUAUGCUAAGAAGAAGUUCCUCAGAGAUGUGCAACGCUACUUUUGGGAUGAGCCUUUUCUUUACAAGCAUUGUGCUGACGGCCUCUACAGGAGAUGUGUUCCAGAAUCAGAAGUACAAGGAAUUCUUUUUCAUUGCCACGGUUCUAACUACGCGGGACACUUCGCCACUUUCAAAACCGCGACAAAAGUGCUCCAAGCAGGCCUCUGGUGGCCUACUUUAUUCCGAGAUGCACACGACUUUGUCUCCCGAUGCGACUCUUGCCAACGACGUGGGAACAUCAGCAAACGGAACGAGAUGCCACAAAACUUUAUCUUGGAAAUCGAGGUGUUUGACUGUUGGGGAAUCGACUUCAUGGGGCCUUUUCCACCCUCUUAUGGCAAUCUCUAUAUACUUGUUGCAGUGGAUUACGUUUCCAAAUGGGUUGAAGCUGUCGCAAGUCCUACUAAUGAUUCGAAGGUGGUUCUCAAGAUGUUCAAGCACAUAAUUUUUCCACGGUUUGGUGUUCCUAGGGUGGUAAUAAGCGAUGGGGGCACUCACUUUAUCAACAAGCUUUUUGCAAACCUUUUGCGAAAACAUGGCGUGACACACAAGGUCGCUACCCCUUACCAUCCACAGACCAGUGGGCAGGUCGAGAUCUCUAAUCGAGAAAUCAAGAGCAUCUUGGAGAAGACAGUCAACUCAACCAGAAAGGAUUGGUUCUUAAAACUCGAUGAGGCAUUAUGGGUAUAUCGGACUGCUUACAAAACACCCAUCGGUACCACCCCUUUUUGGCUGGUUUAUGGGAAAUCAUGUCACUUGCCUGUUGAGUUUGAGUAUCAUUCCUUAUGGGCGACCAAGCAGAUGAACUUCAACCUCAAAUCCGCAGCAGAAAAACGCCUUAUUCAGCUGAAUGAGCUUGAUGAGAUUCGCAUGGAUGCUUAUGAGAACACCAAGAUAUACAAAGAGAGGACCAAAGCCUUACACGACAAGAAGAUUGUCCCCAGGGAUUUUGCUGCGAACGAUUUGGUCCUUCUUUUCAACUCAAAGCUGAAGAUAUUUCCUGGGAAGUUGCGUUCCCGUUGGUCCGGACCUUUUCGAAUCAAGGAAGUCAUGCCUAAUGGUGCUGUUGUACUUUGGGACCAAGAGGGCAAAGAAUUCACUGUCAAUGGUCAGCGUCUUAAACUGUACCUAGCGGAGUAUGACCCAAUUGAGAUUUCCCUCCCUCUGGAGGAACCACUAGCUGCCUAA